AGUCAGUUUUUUAGAAAAUGGAUACGGAAACGGAAAAGACAACAGAAGAGAAACAAUCGUCGUUGGGUGACCUUCCUAGAAGAAGUCCACAUAUAGGACAAGAAGAACAAGAAGAACACUACUUGAAGGACCACAAAUCCGUGGAAAAAGUAGGAAAAGUGAAUUUAUCCACUCCGAAAGAAUCAGAGAGUCCAGUUGGUUGUGAUGUUGCGGAAGUCAAUACCAAAGAUUUUAGCACUAUUCAGAACAUUCAACCACAAAAUCUCAUUGGAAGAACUGUGAAAAGCCCAACAAUCGAUUCACAAGAAGAUAUUGCACUAGCGAGGGAAGCAGGAGUUCCAGAAGCUUCUCGAACGGUUUCUGUUGUAAAUGUUCAAAUAGCUGUACCUCUUAACGUGUCAAUGGAUUCUUCAAACGCGGAGCCUGCAGAGGUUUCAAGUGUUUCUAGUGCAAGUUCUGCGGCAGUUACUGCGGCAACUAUUGGCAAAGAUGCCUGCCUUAGACUAUUGGACGGCAAGGAAUAUAUUGUGGUACCUCCUGAACCAGUUUGGCAGUGUCCACAUGAUAUUGGUAAACUAUCUAAUCAAGAGGCUUCAUUUAAUACGGACGUCUUUAAACAAGAAGGAGAAGAACUUCAUUUUAACUGGCGAGUGUUAGAAUUGGCCGUGCAUCCGACCACUGACACUCCCUUGUUAGAAAGAUUAAAGUUCCUAUGUAUAGUUUCGUCCAACUUAGAUGAAUAUUUUGCGAAGAGAAUGUUUGACAUAAAAACUGGAGACCCUGCAUUAUAUGCCACUCUAAGUGAGAAGAUUCAUCAACUCUGCAGAAUUCAGGAAGAAUGUCUUUUAGAAGAUAUUCUUCCAGCUUUAGAAGAGUGUCAUAUGCAUUUGACAAGAUUUCGAGACUUGACUCGCACACAACAGGAAUCUAUGUGUUUAUAUUAUAGGGAAAAGGUUUUCCCAUUAUUGACUCCGCUUUCAUUGGAUACAACGCAUCCGUUUCCUUUAUUAAGAAGUCACAGUUUAUAUUUAGCUGUACUAUUACAGUCAGAAGAAGAAAAGAAAUUAGGGAGAUUUGGACAACCACAUUUCGCUUGGCUUAGAGUUCCUAAUAGAGUUCCAAGGUUUAUAUCUCCAAAUGACGAUCCUUGCAAAUUUCUUCCCAUUGAAAGAUUGAUCUUGCACAACUUGGAUACUGUAUUUGAAGGGAUGUACAUUAUUUCUACUCAUCCAUUUCGAGUAACUAGAAAUACCAGCUUAGAUUUGGACAGUAUCUAUUUGGAUGAAGAUGAAGAUUUUCUUCGUGUGGUAGAGGAGAAUAUACUUAAGAGACAGAGAAGAGCAGCGGUUCGGUUAGAAGUUUCUAGUGAUGUGCCGGAUGCUCUAUUAACUGUCUUGAAGGAGCAGUUAGAUUUAGAUGAUGAAUCUGUUUAUUUUGUCCGUUCUCCUAUUUUAGGCUUAAAGGACGCUUUUCCACUUUCUCAACUGAAAGUAUUUCCCGAGUUGAGAUAUCCAAAAUGGGAGUUUCAUUCUCAUCCAACUUUAAAGAUGAUGAAGGAACGAAAUAUUUCAUUUUUUGAUGCUAUGAGACGCUCAGAUCUUUUGUUUCGUUUUCCAUUUCAUUCUUUUGAUGAAUCGACUUUAACUUUUCUUCAAACAGCUGCUAAGGAUUCUUCCGUUUUUUGUAUCAAGAUUGUUUUAUAUCGUUGUGGAGACAAUUCUCCUAUAGUUGCUGCAUUAGUUGAGGCAGCUCAACGUGGAGUGGAUGUCAGCGUUAUUAUUGAACUUAAAGCAAGUUUUGAUGAAGAUCAGAAUGUAUUGUAUGCUAGAAUAUUGCAGAAUGCGGGAUGUAAUGUUGCAUACGGUGUCAAAGGAUUGAAGACACACGCAAAAGUUAUUCUCGUUAUUAGAGAAGAAAAUUUAGAAAAUGGAAAUAAGAAAUUUCAGAGUUAUGUGAAUAUUUCCACCGGCAAUUACAAUGCAAGCACUGCUCGAUUGUAUACAGACUUGUCGUUUUUUACCUGCAAAGCGGAUAUUUGUGCCGAUGUUCAAGAUUUGUUCAACGUGUUUACGGGAAUAUCCAGAAAGAAAUCUUAUCGUAAGUUGUUAGUCAGUCCAAUGUUUAUGUUGGAUCAGUUUUUGGACCUCAUACAGGUGGAAAUAGAAAAUGCUCGAAAUGGAAAACCAGCGCAGAUAGUAGCACAAAUGAAUGGUUUGACUGAAAGUCGAAUUACCGAAAAGUUAUACGAAGCUUCUCAAGCGGGCGUUCAAAUUGAUUUGAUCGUUCGCGGUAUGUGCAGAGUCCGACCUGGAGUAAAGGGAAAGAGCGAGUCUAUUCGCGUUAUUUCUAUUCUUGGUCGGUUUUUACAGCAUGCACGCGUAUUUUUCUUUAUGAAUCAUGGAAGCAAACCCAAAUUCUUUAUUGGUAGUGCCGAUUGGCGUUCAAGGAAUUUGAUUUCCAGAGUAGAAGUGGUUACUCCUAUCGAGGAUAGUCUUCUUCAAAAGAAGCUUUGGAAAUAUUUACGUCGUCUUAGAACCAAUGAGUAUGAAGGAUGGGAAAUGUUGAGUGAUGGACGUUAUAGAAAAGCUUUGCGUCAAGAUAAGUCUCAUACUCCAAAAGAUGGUGUUGGUGGUGAUACCAGUCAAAAUAUAAAUAUGGAGGAAGAAUCCAAUUUUAUUUCCAAGUCCCUUUUUGAUAGACUAUGGUUAGAUGACACGGAAGAUGAUAGUGAACAUGAAACUCAGUCUUCUGGAGGCACUUCACGAGAAGAAGAAUGGAAAAUGAAAAAGCAUAAAGACAAUCGUGAACCAUUACAGGUUUACAAAGCUGGUUGUAUUGCAGUUCGCGUCAAUUCCAAAGGAGUCAAUCAGAUAUUACUUAUUACGGCACGAAAUCGAGAAAGUAUGUUGGAAGGAGGAGAAGCAGAUGCCUGGGUAUUACCUCGAGGGACAGUAUUACCCAGUGAAACACCAGCAGAAGCAGCCAUUCGAGAAACUCUGGAAGAAGCAGGAGUUGGAGGAGAAAUUGGACCUUUGAUAUGUACCACACAACAACGCAAAGGAAGGAAAACUAUAGAAACCAGUUGGCAUUUGCUUCGAGUCGAUUCACAAGCUUCCACAUGGGAUGAUGCAGUUAGACGAAGAAGGCAAUGGUUUACCUUUACCGAAGCUGAAAGACUGUUGACCAAAGCCCAUUUCAGAGAAGCAGUUCAACAAGCCAAGGCAAUGUUCAAAGGUUAGUUGUAGACUUAUAUCUCCACGGAAUAGGAACAUCAUCA